AUGGAUACACGAAAUGCAUUUUUAUAUUUUGCUCAUGAUCGACAUCAUGAAUUUUUAUCUUUACGUCGUGCAAAAUUUUCUACAAUGGCAUUAUUAUAUGAAUUACAUAUAUCAACAAAAGAUAAAUUUAAAUCUAAUUGUAAUACAUGUCGACAACAUUGUGAUAUUCUUAAUCAUUGUACAGUAUGUGAAGAUUUUAAUUUAUGUGAAACAUGUUAUAAUAUUGAACCAACACAUGAACAUAGAAUGAAGCGUUCUGUUCCAUCAAUAGUUUCACAAUCACAACGUCAACGAUCAAUGCAACAUUGUAUUGAAGCAUUAUCACAUUCUGGUAAUUGUCGAAAUUCUACAUGUGAUAAGUGUAAUUGCUUUCGUUAUAAGCGUAUUAUACAACAUACUAAAGAAUGUAUAGGACCAAAUAAUCAAUGUAAUCGUCGUCAUGAGAUAUUUUCUAUUAUUCGCACAAUUUUGUUGAAACCUUUCACGCAAUGGUUACAACAACAUGCAUCGUCUUUUCGACAAUGGAAUAGAAUCACCAAAAGUUCUUUUGAUAAACUCGGUGGUAUUAUAUUCGAUUUUGGUUUGCAUAAUGAGAAAAUUAUCGGUAAAGAUACAUACGACGAUUGUUGCAAAAUUAUUGAUUGUUAUAUUCUCAUUUUAUCCACAUUAUCAAAUAAUAUCAAUGCAAUUGAUGAAUCAACUAUUGAUUUGAUCGGUAUUUGUAUGUUUCAUUUAUAUGCGUUGACAUUAGAACAGAGUCUACUUGAUUAUAUUAAAAAUCAACAAUUAUCUUCAAUAUUAUUACGAUUGAUUGAUAUUGACAAUGAAGAAGCACAAUUUAAUGCUUAUCGUAUUCUAGCUUCAAUUAUGACCGAACAAGAUAUUAAGAUGUUAGCAAAUCCAGGCAAGAUUUCAAAAGUCUUUAUCACAUUUCUCACCGAUGUUAUUGAUAAUACGAGAAAAAUCCGGCGACUUCGAAAUCUGCUGCGUUGCCUCAAGUGUUUGGUUCAACAUGAUCAAAUCAAAGAAGAAUUGACUAAACAAGGCAUAUUGCCACAUCUCCUUCGAUGUGCAACAGAAACAAAAUUCGAUCCUGUACAUGAACAACAACCAACACUCGAAAUUCUUCUUGCACUGACUUUUCAUGAUCAAGCAGCAAUAUUACUCAAGGAAAAUUCACAAUUCAUCUCACAUCUUCAUACACUCAUCAAUUCAUCAUCCGAACAAGGUUUACGGCGAGCUGCCGAAGGUUUGCUUUGGAAAUUAGAAAAAGAAGAAAUAGCAACUGCCAAGUUAGUCACCAUUCCGAUUACAAAAGAUGUUCGCAAUUAUAAAUACGACAUCAUGUUGAGCUAUUCUCAUCGUGACAAAGAUCUGUGUCAUCGAAUUUAUGAUCGUCUAGUAAAAGAUAAUUUUCGUAUAUGGAUUGAUAGAGAUCAAAUGCAUGGAUCGACCAUGGUUGCCAUGGCUGAUGCUAUCGAAAACGCUGAAUUUGUAUUCGUGUGCAUGUCGGAUGCCUAUAAACAAAGUGCUUACUGUCAAUCUGAAGCUCAAUAUGCUUAUGAACGUCAAUGUCACUUGAUACCGAUUGUAAUGAAACAAAACUAUCGACCCGAUGGACGGUUAGGUAUUAUGGUCAGUGGAAAAAUUUACGUGGAUUUUCCUAAACUUGGUUUCGAUCAAGCCUAUCUGAAAUUGAAAAAUGAAAUCGAUCGAUAUAGGCUGAACAUGAAUCUUUCAAUCAGCACUCAAGAACAACAACGAUGUGAGUCGCCUACGACAGCAAAAGAACCUGAAAGAACAAUUGAAACGAUAACAGAUCAGUCAGAUGAACAACCAACAAUAACGAAUAAUGGAGUUGCUUCUAUGUUCAUAAAAACUACUGGUAACAAUGCAAUAACGCUUGAACAAUAUCAACAAAUUCGAUUGGGGUGGACACGUGAUCAAGUGACACAAUUUGUGGGUAUUCCUGGAGAAUUGAUUAUUACAGAAGAACCAAUAUCACCAUCUAAUCGAGGUAAUAUUAUGGUUCAAUAUCAAGGCUCAAUAUCAUCAAACGUAUUAGAAAGAGAGUCUACGGUGAUAUUUUCAUUUAAUAAUAAGAUUCUUUGGAAAAAGAACCAAAAACUACUUGAUCUAACAUCAAAUUAUAUAAUCACAAGAGAACAUUAUAAUCAAAUACAAACUGGUUGGACAUAUGAUCAAGUAAGAUCAACUCUUGGAAGUAGAGGAAAUGUUAUACAAGAAGCAAACAUUUGGCCAAAUGUAACAUUAAUGACUGUUCUAUAUCAAGGCGAAGGCCAAAAAGGAGUUGAAAGUGUUGGUUAUAUUCAACUUGGAUUUUGGGAUGGAAAAUUACAAUCCAAACCAGGAUAUGAAUGA